UAGCCGUUGUGGCGCUCCCUGGGGCGAUGCCGCUGUGGCCGUUCCAGAACGUGGUGUGCCACUCCGAGCCGUACGCCGCCAGCUUCAUUGCCCCCCGCUGCUCGUGGGGGCGGGCGGACUGCCUGUACCUGUUUGCCCUCGUGGCGCUCAUUGCACUGCCACUGUACGCGACGUUCUCGUCGAACAACGUCUGGGUAAGGGAGAGCUCGUACAUCGAGCAGCCGGCUGUGUCGUUCAGGCACGAGGUGCUGCUGGUGCUGUCGGGCGCCUCCCCGAACGACUCCGUGGGCUGGAGCACCAGCGGCGGCCUCUCGCCUCUCCUGCCCGCUCAGGUUCGGGUGCCUGUCGUGCGGUCAGGCUCGAUAGAUAA